UUCUGGCCUUCUAGGAGGAAACAGAACACAGAGGAGCAGUGAGGCCGGGCUCUGGGGACACCCCUCCUGGAGGGGUCACCAGGGGCCAGCUCACAGGCUUGUGGAGGGCAGCCGAUGGCCAGCCACCGCCCUGGCAGAACCCACAGAAGUUCAGCUGGCCAGUCAGGGAGCCUGGCAUGCCUACAUGGGUGAGACAGCAGGGCCCGGGGCUGCCAGCCUCCCUCGCCGCGGACUCCUCAUGCAGCGCACGUGUACUGCUCAUCACCAUCUUGGCCUGCUUCGAGGAAGGGGUAUGGAGAGGGGACUUCCACUGCUUCUGCCCAGGGCAACCCAGACACCCCCAGCUGCUGGGGUCCAACAGCUGUUGUGAGGAUGCUGGGGAUACAUCAGUGGCCUCACCUUGGCCCCAGAUGGGCCGCACCCUAGCAAGGCUGGACCAGAGCCACAGGCCCCUCAGCCUGAGCAGACCCCAUCAACAGCUUAGUCAGAGCCAGUCCUUUUCCCAACGCUGCAAACACAAGCCCUGCCCUCACUGCCUCCGCCUGCCAGAACCCUUCCCGGCCAAGCGGUCAAAGCACAGAGCUUCAAAGGAACUGAACAACUCCACCAUCUGGCAGUCCCUACACAGGGCCCAGGACGAGCUGGGCCUGCAGACGGCCCUCACUGACAUGCCUGCCUGGCCCAAACGUGGGUCCUGCACAAUCAGCAGCUUCCUGCCUGGGCUAAGAGCGCCAUGCCGGGAAGGGAGGUCUGUGAUGGGAGCGUGGAGCAUGCCAUCUCUGCCGUCUGCCAAGCCCCUGGCGUCAUCCCCAAGGCAACACGACUUGAAACACCACAGAGCAAUCUGAAUCAACAAGUGGAGGUGGGGCCUAGGGAGCUCUAUGCAAACCAACUCGGAGUCAGUGCCAUGCAUCUCACAAACGUGGCCAGAGGCUCUCCAGAAAGGGCUGCUCACAGCAACCAACCACCUCGGCUCCCCCUGCCCACAAGGUCAAAGGAGAAGAAAGCAUUCGGCCGCAGCUCCUAGCCAUCCUUAAAGGGCCACAGGCAAUGGACAGGCCCAGAGGGACCCUCAUCAUGCAGGCCUCCUCCUCCUGCCUGGGGCCCGGGCGUCCCGCAGGGCUCCAGACAUGGGGGCUGGCCAGGAGCAAGGGAAGAGAAGGCGGGGACUAGAUCUCGGCAGUGCCCUAAAGCCUCGCUCACUGCCCUGGAGUGAGGUACCCACUGUGACUUGUGUCCUGGAGGCCACUGCCACUCAAAUCUCGAGCCUCCUGGAGGCAGCCAGCAAGCCGGCAGCCUUCCCGCCUCCCCACGCCCGGCCCAGCGCCCCCACAACACAGUCUGCGCAGAGAAGCAAAGUGCAGAGCAAGGGGUCGCUUGCCUUUGUUGCCAUAGGUCCUGGCGCAGUGGAACGCUGCUCCCCCAUUCGGGAUGGGCUCCUGGUGCCUGGAGACCUGGGGAAGGGGAACACCGUGGUGGGUUUUAACAUGGACCUUUAAGUAGGAGGCAGAGGAGAAACCUAAACAAGAUAAAAGGAGAUGAGAUCCCGCGGCCAGCACACAGAUACCUCUCUGCUUCCCCCACGCCUCUCCUCCGGCGGCGGUGGCUAGCCUUCCUAGAAGGGGCCCCUCCUUGGCUCAGAAACGCUGCAACCACAGGAGCCACCUGGCUCAGGAGGGAGGGUGGCACUCUCCUCGAGUCGGCUUCUUGGCAGAGCCCUCUCUGCAAGGCUGUGGUGGAGGGCUGCCUGGAGGGAGGGCCACACGCCUCUAGGCUUGCUUGGUGCCUCAGUAACAAGCAGUUUGAGAGGACGUCCCACAGCCCCAGACCAGCUGCAGGGUCCACGGCUAGAAAUGCAGUCAUGAAAAGAUACGGGGCUCCAGGGCAGCCAGCAGAAUGCCUGCUUAACACUUGCGAAGAUAAACUUCCUGCACAAGAUACCGGAGGGAGGCAAGAUGAAAUCCCAAAGAAAUGCCUCCAGGAGGGGAAUCCCCUUCUUGUAUGUGGUAGGACAAGCUCUGUUUUGCUAACUUUCUCACCUUCAGAAUAACUGGAUUUAAUAACUGUUUAGAUUCUUUGAAGGAUAAUAAAAAACAGGAAGUUA